UGGUCGUUGGUGAGUAUAAAAAGUAUUUUCACUGGCCAAAGCUAGUCAUUGCUCACUCAGCAUUCAAGCCCAAAGCCGAAAAGAUGAAGCUCAAAGCUGGCAUGACCCUCAAGCUCUUUGCCCUUUUGGGUUUUGUUUGCUAUAUCCAGGCCGUAGUGGUUGGCCCCCAGCAGCAUUUGCAAAAUAAUAAUCGAAAUGGCUAUCGUUACAAUGGCCCCGCCCACAAAUAUCUGCCAGCGGAGGUAUCGCACAAUGGCAGCAGCAACUCGGACGCUGAUCGCCAACAUCAGGAGCAAAAUCAUCGUCAGCAGGGAUACAAUGGUCCCUACAACUCGCAGCAUUAUGGCGGAGGACAACAGCAGCAGCAGCAGCAGCAACAUGUCCAGCAGGAUGACUCCUGGCAAUCGGUUUUCUCCCAGCAGCAACAUCAGAGCUUGGGACACCAGCAACAUCAUCAAAACUCUGAAAGCUAUCAGCAACAUCAGGGCUUAGGACCACAGCAAAGUCAUCAGAGUUCCAGUCAGGAGCAUUAUCAUCAAAGUUCCAAGCAGGAGCAACAUAAUUUGGGUUCCAACCAGGAGCAAGAUCAUCUGGGUUCCAGUCAGGAGCAACAUCAUCUGGGUUCCAGUCAGGAGCAACAUCAUCUUGGUUCCUACCAGCAGCAAAAUAAACAUCAGGUUUCCAGCCAACAGCUCAACGAACAUUCUUAUGAGCCAGCUUAUUCCCAGCAGGACCAUCAGCAGCAACAGCAACAGCAGCAGCAGCAUCAGCAAUCUUGGAAUUCAGUGCAGCAGCAACAUGAACGCCAAGAAGUUGAACCCUGGCAAUCUUCGCAGCAUUACCAGCCGCAACAGCAGCAGCAACAGCAGCAUUACAAUCGCUUUGAGCAACAACUGCCGUUGCGUGGUGACCUUUGGCAACCCAUUCGCGAACUUGACCUGGAGAAACUUCCUUCAGCCGAGGCGCAUGCCAAUAGCCACAAGACAAUCGCCUCGCCAGGGCUGGUGCCAAGUUACACGCUUUCCAGCGAUUUGGAGCACGAUCGGUUCAUUGGAUUGGAUGCUCUGGACACUCGUCUGCUGACCCAAUCUCUGCCAGAUGCCUAUCGCAAGCAGAUCUUCUCCUCGCCCUCGGCACCAAAGCAGCAGCAACAUGAGCAACAGCUGGCUGGUUCGCCAAACGAGAGUUUCCAUAGUGGAUCCCCUUCCGCUUCUGGCUACCUGCAGAUGCAGUCCCACUCGUAUCAACUGCCCUCAACGCACAGCACCCACAGGGAAUGGCCACAAAACGAGGAGCAGCAGAAACAGCAGCAACAGCAGCAAUAUUCCACUGGCAAUCGUCAGUACUCAGCUAGUGCCUAUGCCGUUGCCCCUCCGUAUCUGCACUCAUCAUCUCAACCAUCGCAAUCUUCCAAGAAUAGCUUGACCCAUCCCAGCCGGGAUUUCCAACCACCCUACUACUAAGCAACCAAAAUCCAAAUACCACCUCAUUGAACUUCUUUAAAGGAUCUUGCCGCCAAAAGAUCCUUGAGCAUAGUUACAAAACCGUAUUGUCAAAUACCAUCUUCAACAUUUGCAUUUCGCAGGAAAAGCAUUGUGUCUGAAAAGCAAUAAUAUUAAAUAUUUAAGCAAAAAGUGUACAGAUAA